UAUAAUUGCGGCUGUAUCUGAAUCUGAUGAUCACGAAUAUAAUUACAAUAUUGAUUUAAGCAGAAACCAUGUUGAUGCGGUUGGCAAUAAUAAGCGUACUUGGCAAGACUGAUCAGCUCUAAUUUUUAGAAGAGACCUCGUUCAAGGGAAAUAUAUAUAUUGGUGCCCGAGCUUUUAUUGCUUUUGGGAGCUUUCUAAAGUGAGAAAAGAAAAGAAAAAAAAAAAGAUGAUGAUGAGGAGGAGACUUGCAUGUUGCACACGGGACAGAGAAAUCAGCCUCGACUUUGACGAGCAUGAUAGAAUCAUGACAUAUGAUGGCCUUGAGAAUUGCAUUCUCAACAGCCGAGGAUACGGAAACGAAACAAGGACAAGGCGAGGAACUGAUCACUCGUUGGAUGACGACGAUGCUUUGAGCUGUUGUUCCUCAAGCAAAGACGCGUUCGGAUCAUUCUCUUCAAAAUGGAAGAGGGAUCAUGAGCAGGAGUUGGAAUUGGAUUUGGAUGAAUCGGAUUUCUGUGUCAAAGAAAAACCUGCUUACUCCCUUCAGUUCUCGGACGUGGAGACCAUGAAAGAGAAAUUCGCCAAUCUCUUGUUGGGUGAAGACGUUACUGGAGGCUGUAAGGGCCUCACCUCUGCUUUGGCCUUGUCUAAUGCUAUCACAACUCUGGCAGGCACAGUUUUUGGAGAGUUGUGGAAACUGGAACCUCUGCCUGAAGAAAGGAAGAGCAAGUGGAUAAGAGAAAUGGACUGGCUGCUCUCCCCUACAAACUUUAUGGUUGAGUUGGUUCCCGCUAAACAAAACGGUGCCAACGGUCGUAUGCUUGAGAUAAUGACCCCAAAACCCCGUGCGGAUAUCCACAUGAAUCUUCCUGCGCUUCAGAAGUUGGAUUCCAUGCUCAUUGAGACCCUUGAUUCGAUGGUGAGCACUGAGUUCUGGUAUGCCGAAGGAGGCAGUCGGGCAGAAGGAAGGAGCAAAACUAGCGGAGCCAAGAGCAGCAAAAGAUGGUGGCUCCCAAUUCCCCAAGUACCCGAGACUGGGAUGUCUGAUUCAGCGAGGAACAAGUUGACUAAUCAGGGUAGAGUUGUUUAUCAAGUGUUCAAAGCCGCCAGAUCCAUCAACCAAAGUGUUUUGCUCGAAAUGCCUGUCCCUACCAUUAUUAGGGACGCACUUGCCAAGUCUGGAAAGGCAAGCCUAAGCGACGAUCUUUUCACGGUCUUGACAGCCGAUCAAUCAAGCUCAGCAGAGGAAAUGCUGAAUUCCCUCAACAUAAAAUCCGAGCACAACGCGCUCGAGACUGUUAACGGGUUAGAAGCUGCAGCGUUUUCGUGGAGAGAGAGAAUCCGCCAAACACAGCAAGUGAGUGGUAACUCCCCUGUUCGAACUUCAUGGUCGACCUUCAUGAUCAAGGAUCCAGUGUCUGAGCAUGAUGAGAUGGAGCUAUUAUUGGACCGAGCAGAAGUUCUUGCACAGCAGCUCAAGACUAGAUACCCCAACCUACCUCAGUCAUUUCUCGACGCCACGAAAAUUCAGUAUGGCAAGUGUGUGCGUCGUUCAAUUCUAGAAGCUUAUUCAAGGGCUCUUGGAAACCUUGCAUUCAGCAUACUAUGCAGAAUUGGAGAUAUCAUGAGAGAAGAUGCUUCAGUCAAUCCAAACGUGUCCUCGGCAAUAUCAAGCUCUUGUUUUCCCGCUUGGAUGUCUAUAACUAGUCUCACCAACAACAACUCAGAUCGUGAUAAGUUGACGACAACAACUGAUAAUGAUCGAGUGGAUGGUCGGCGCUCUGAGUCAACUUCAUCAAGGGCCAGCAGUAGUUUUGAUAUGGAAUCUAAUUCUUGUAGUGACGCAAAAGCAAGCCCCUUUCUGAGUGUGAACUCCACACCAAGUCGGCGGCGAGUAUGGUGCAUUGGUCGAGAAGCCUGUAUCAGUUUGUCCCCUCCAAAUUCUCCAUAAUUUCUUUCUUUCUUUUUAAGUUAUUAGGUUCACAACAUAUCUGGUGUGACCUAAACUAGCCCCGGCCCUGUUAUAGAUGUUGUCUAUGUAAUAUAGCGUUAAUGUAAGAUAAUUGGACAGUAAAUGAUUGCUGUCACGUGCUUUUAUUUCAUGCAUUCAGUGAACGAGCAAUUUUGUUUAUGCCCUCGUUGUCUCUGAUUUGAGCUUGUCUACGACCGCAUAAUGCAAAGUGAAAUUUGAUGAA